UGUUAGGGGGCGCGGAUAUCGAAAUUUGGGUAAUUCGGGCGCUGAGGUUGUUUUGUUUUGAGCACGUGUGAUGUUUCAAGAGUGCGCUAGUGAAUUAUUUAUGAAUGAUUGUGGAUCGUUGUUUGCGUCUCCGAGAUAAUUAAACUUUGCCGCCGGUGUAGAGCGACCACGUAAUGGCAGCAACUCAGCGCUGAACUCCGCAUCGAUUGCUUGGCAACCUGUUUCUUGUUUUUUUUUUUUCAGUGAGGGGAACCUCGGAUCGCGUUAAUCCACAUGAAGGGCUCGUCGUCGUUCAUGUUCUAGUUUGCGAGAAUACAGAUAGUCUUCGAGCACAAGAGCCAUGCCUGUUCGUCGCGACGUGCUCCGAAAGCAGGCGCGGGAGGGCAUCUGCUACGGGCUAUGGGUGACCGUAGGCACGACUCUCGGCUUGGGACUGCUGCAAGCACAGGUGCGAUACACUGGCGACAGGGCCGUGCCGAUGCUGGUGGCCCUCGCUUUGGUGCUCGAGGUGACGGGCUGUGCCUGGCUUCGCCUUUUCGGCAGUUCGUCUUCGCGCAGCUACGGCCAACGGACCAGGGUCGCCGGCUCUGUGGCGACGGCUGUAGCUAGCGUCGUGUUCAGCAUCGUGUUCUUCCAUGUCUUGGCCGUUUUGUUCGGCGCUCCGUUGUUUGAGGACAGCCAGCAAACUCUCUGGUUUGGUGUGCAUAUGACUAUGGUGACCAUACUGCCGCUUAUACUAUCAGGAGGCCACAUGAGCAUAGGGGCCCUCCAGAAGACAAUUGUUGACCAAAAGUUCUGCGAGGUGCCAUUAGACUGGAUUCAGCGGUGGGGCAGCCGUGGCGCCCUCUUUGGCGCCUGGCUCGGGGCCAUAGCCCUGGUGCUGGACUGGGACCGCCCCUGGCAGCGCUGGCCGACACCCUGCAUUGUCAGCUCUCUCCUGUUCCGAGGCCCGGCCUUGAUGGUUGCAAGCUGCAUCUUGGCGAGCCAGUGAAAGCAUGCUCAGUUGUGCAGACUCGCCGUAGGCCAGCGCUGGCUCAGCUAGUCUGGACUGCUAUCCCUUCAUCAGCACCGAACUGCUAGUCAUAUGUUUAUAAGUAGGCAGCAAAGACAGUUUUCAUAGGCAUAGUCUGUUUUAACACGUCAGUUUCAUCACUCCUUAUAAUUAAACACCACUGCUAACCAUUGCAUUACUGGUAACAAUUGCUGUAUAAUAUGAGUGGGCAAAUAAUGAGAUGUGGCGUUCAUACUUAGGGACCAUAAACAACGUUUUUGUACCAGUGCUAACUUCAUAGGCCCCGUCGUGAAUGUCAAGGUGUGUUUUCUGUGAGGGACGCGUUUCCUUAAACAGUAUUUGUUACAUUCUUUUAUUUCAAGGAAAUAAAUAUAUUCUAGAUUUUGUCAACGUUAUUUAUGUCGUUGGCAUAGACCUGCCUAGAAAAAUUGCCAUGGGGAAUGUUAGUGAUGCAAUAUUUCCACUACAAUGGCAAUGACGGUUUGAAACAGUUUUGUGACUUUGCAGAUAGAUAAUUUGAAACGACAUGUUUCGACAGUUUGCAACAAUUAUGCAUGUGGGCAGAAACUACUAAUCAGUCUUGCUGCAUUUAGAAAAGGUAUGCUUUGAAAUUUAUAAACAAGGUGUAAUAAGUAAUGUCAGAAGAAUGUUCGAAGCCACAAGCAUGUAGGUUAGACAAAUCCAUGUUCAUUAUUCCCAAGCUGGUGGAACCACUAUACUUGCACAGGCUCGAGCGCCACAGUUUCCUUGAGUAAUUUUGGUGGGAAACUCUGGCCAUUUGUAACAGUUGGGAUUCAUCAUGACAAAGUCGCACUCAACACACUUUCAUUAUAUAUUUGGCAUUCAUUGUAAGUAUACAUAAUAUCAGCAAGCAGAUUGCAAAUUCUUAAUUUAGUUUUUUGUAUUCUUUGUAGAGCACUGCGCAUGUAAUGUGGAGAUCUGGGUUCGGCUCCCUGCUAGGUGCGGCAAAUUAGCUUUUCGUCCACUUCCAUUUUUGUUUACCUUAUUAUUUGUACAUUUCAAUUAAACACUAUCUCUCUGUAUUCUUUA